AUGUCUGCAAACAACAACCUUGUGACCAAAGCCACCACUGAGGGUGCUAUGAUUACUGAGGUAGUGGGCUCUGUCACUGAGAAACAGUUGCCCACAACCCCUACUGAGGGUGCCAUGGCUACUGAGGUGGUGGGUGCUGUGACUGAAAAAGAGUUGACCAAAGGCACUGAGGGUGAGAGUGCCAAGGCUACUGAGGUGGUGGCCUCUGCAACUGAGAAGGCAUUGGCAAGUCAUACCAUGGAUGACCUUGUGAACCAAUUGAACCAAGCAGCAGGCAUACAAAAGGCCACCAACCCUGCAUUGAAAAAGAAGAAAACCCAAAAAGUCAACACAGUUACUCAAGGAAAAGGUGCAGACAGUGUGAUGGCAUCUGCACAAGAGUCUGGAGGAGGGGAUGGAGUGCAAUGUCAUGUGGCCCAGGCACCAGGAAAGAAAAAUAAGAAUAAGAGGAAGUGUACUUUGGAAGGAGAAAUGGGGGCAGAAACCACAGAGGGUGCUACAGAUACCCCAGCAUUGUCUGAGGGACAGACCAAUAACAAACGUCGCAAACUUGCUCAGACACCUGCCACUGCUGCUACCAGAGUGGGAGCCAUGGAGAGUGUGCCAGAGGAUGGUGACCAAAUGGAAGUUCAAAUGGAUGUUGAUAAGAGCAAGGAAGGUGGAAAUCCCACCACAGGGGCAAGCCACCAAAAUGUUGGCCAAGGCAAGGGUGGAAAGCUCCCCAAGAAAAGCAAGCAAACAAAAAAUAAGACUACUGAUGAGCAUCAAGGUGGAGACGCAGAAUGGGAAGAGACUGCAGUAGCAAGUGGGAAAACGGGUGCAACUAGAGAGGUCAAGGAACCCAAAGGUCCAAAACAAUGGCUACACACAGUCAUCCCCAAGGGUGACAAUGUGGUGGCUGACAUCAAGACCACAAAAAUUGCAGAGGCAGAUGCCCGCAUUUCUCAGAUUGAACAGGCAGUGGCUGAAAUGUCAUUGGGCUAUGCACUAAUGACUGUGAUCCACGACAAACCUGAUUCACGAUGUGACCUGGGCUCUGGACCUCUUCUCAAGUUGCGAGAAUACAACCCUCGGGAUGUAGAUGCCAAUCACCUCAAAAAAUUACAUGAAAAUAUCAAAAUGCAUGGCCUGCAGAACCGAGCCAUUUGGAAUGCCAUGGUGGUGGCAGUCCCACCUGCUGCCCUAGACCUGUCCUCACUCCAGCCUGUCCAUUUGGGCACUUAUGAAAAUCAUGUGCGCUGGUCAGAGGAUGUGGAGAAGUUCACUGCCAGUUUCCUCAAUGGGAACCACCGCAGGGAAGUUUUGAAGAUGCUGGACGUCAACCAAACAUAUGUGCAAUAUCAAAAGGUCAAAAUUCUGCAGGAAUUCCAUACAAGCCAUGGGAAUAAGAAGGGAGACAACAAUGAGGAGUUCAAGCUUGGCAUGGCAGAGGCACAAGCUGUCAAAGAAUUACAAAAGCACUGUUGUUGGCUGGUCCACUUCAUAGACAUGGACAAGCUGGGUGCUCAUCCAGAGAAACAGUGGUUGCUGGACCAUUUGACCAGCAACACCCCCAUAGUUGCCUUGCCAGAUGAUGAUAAUGACAGGCUAUACCAAGUGUUGAACAUCAUUGCAACAUUGGAGUCUGCCAAGGACAAGGAAAAUUAUAUCAACGAAAUUUGUCGUCGUGCAGGGGGUUCAAGCAAGAGUCGCCUGGCACGCAUCCUUUCAGAUGAAGGAAUCUAUUCAGCUGUCACCCCCCUGUUGCGGAUGAAACACUUUUGUGGAAGGAAAAUUGGCAGGGCUGACACAGGAACAGGGUUCACUGCUCGUCAGCUGGACAGUUGGUGCCCAGCCACAGGAGGCCUCCAAAUUUUGCUGUGUGAAUAUGUGAUGGACGUAUUCACAUUUUUGGCUGCACCCAUCAAAGUUGAGAGGCUUUCUACUGUGAAAGCCAGGCUGGAGAAAGCUCCUGAGGGUGAAGGGCAGGGGGAGAUGACUGAAGAAGCCAAGAGCCAUGCUCUAGCCAAGAGAUUGAGGGCACAUGCAAGGAAGUUGUUGGAACAAGCAAAGGCCUCACCUUACCAUGCAUGGGAAGUGGUAGAUGAGAAUGCAGAGAAGUGGCUGGAGGCAUGGGUGCAAUUGAGUAGAAAGUGUGGACAUUCUUUCCCAUGGCGACUUUGGGCCCUGGAAGACCCAAACUCUCAAAAAGUUUGGCAAGACUUGAUAGAUCAGUACUGGCGACGAAUCCUAAGUGCCUGCACCAGAGAGGGGCACCAAGUCACCUUGGAUCCCCAAAACAACAAUGAUGACAGGGUCUGUGUAGACAUGGCAGUCAAGAUGGACUGGAUCAAGGCUGGGCUGUUGGUUCGCAAAGCAUAUCCCAAGAGCUUUGCGAGUCUUCCCAUUGGAAAUCGACUCCUCUUCCAGAAUGUCCAGCGUGUCUUUUCAGACACUGUCAGCACACCACCAAUUGAGCUCACUGAAGUGAUCAAGGAGGUGGUUACAUGGGUUGAGCCCUUUUUACCUUUUGCUAUGAAUCAGAGAGGGGACCGUGUGUGGCGUGACUACACUCGUGCAUUGAUGGACAAUGCACAGUGCCUUACACAGUCAAGGCUGGCUAGAGUCAUGAUUUCAAGCUUGUUCAUCGAGCAGCGUGCUGCCUUGGGGAUGCUGAAUACCAACAUGAAGGCACCAGGCUUUGUGGAACAAUUUACAAUCUACACACCAGCAAAUCUCCCACCACAAGUGCUGGCAAAGAGCUUUUUGGAUCGCAUGGAAAACAUUGUGCAAGCAUAUCGUGAGCAGCUCAAAAGCUGGUCCACUCAUGCUGUCAGCGGAACCCCACCUUACCUGCGGCCUGAGCCCAAUCACACUGUCAAUUUCAGUGAAUUGCAACCACAGCAGGAGCAAGUGGCUAGGGGUAUCAUAGAGAUGAUGCGGGUGACUGCAUUCCCAAUGGCUCGCAUUCAAAACAUGAAAAUGCUGGUGGAAUGUUUGGCACCACUGGCAUUGAACAAGGGGCCUCGGGAAGCACUCCUAAUGUCAAAAAAUGCAUGGAAAUUGCGAUCCGAUCUAGGCUCUACCAUGGCACAAUGUGUUGGUCAAGGUGACAAGAAGUGGUGGUGGUGGGAUGGCAUUCAGGAGUUCCCUGGUGAAGAGGACAGUAUGGCAGAGCUGGUGUCAGAUGACUUGAUGGACUUGGACAAGAAUGAGACCCAAGACACCAAAGUUGUACGUGCAACAUUGGAACAGCAAACACUGGCUGCAAAUAGGGCAGCCAUUGGCAAGAUGGUAGACUUGGCAUUCACUCCCAAGUUGGGCUUGCUACCAAAUGGAAAGGUGGCUCCUGCUGUCUACAAGACAGGUAGAAAAUUCAUUUUGGCACUGAUAAGAGAAUCAGAGCGUCAUCUGAGUCGCAUUGCCUUGCCUUCUCAGAAUGUAUUGAACAACUUUGGUGAGGAUGAAGAAUUGCUCAAGUCAUAUGGUGUCAAGCUUCCAGAGGUGGGCACCAAUUCAGAUGUUGAAGAGUGCUGGGGGACACAAGGAGAAGAAGAAGAAGAGAAGGAGAGAGUUCAACACUUGGGCAAGUUCAAGUCUGAUUACCAGACUAUACAAAAGGAGAAGGCAGAGAAUGCAAAGGAGGAGAGGAGAGGAGCCAGGGAAGCCAAGGCUGUGGAGAAGGCAAAGAUCUUUGCAUCAUCCUCAGGUAGGAUGGCCCUCAAGAUGCAGGCAAGAUUGGAGCGCCAAAAGCAGAAGCAGCGAGAACAAGAAGACAACCGGAGGGUGGAAGAGUGGGACAAGCGCAUGGAGGAAGAAGACCAGCUGGAAAAAGCUGCAAUUGCAGCCAAAGAAAAAUUGCAAGGCCUCUCCUUCACCAAGACUGUCACUGCACAGUCAGCUACAGCUGAUGAGCCCACAGCCAUGUCAGGUGUGGAGGAUGAUCCAGUUGACAAGACGACUCAAAGUGGAUCUAAGGGCAAGGGCCAGAAGAGGAAGGGCCAGGGCAGACAUAGACCCCAGAGAGCACAUACCAUGGCAGAGCGCAAGGCAGUGAUGUCAAAGGCUGCCAGUUAUGUGGAUAUUGAGGCUUUAAGGGAUUCUGAUGAGCCAGGGAGUGAAGAUGAGGAGGAGGAGGAGGAGGAAAAUAGUUCCUAUGAACCCUAA